AUGACUCUGGCGCCUACAAUCUUUCGUCAUCCACUGGCCUCAAAGCGGUUUAUGAUGGUCUUCUAUAAUGAAAAGGGGGAGGAGAUUCAGGAGUUGUUUGAGCUGCAGACGCGUUAUGAGGCGAUUGGCCCUAUUGCCAUGGGGGCGUACGGUUUUGUCUGCGCCGCGACGGACAACGAGAUGGUGGAAAAAUUUUGUAGUAGCCCACCCGAGGAGUACAAUGACUCCUCCCUCUCCUCUGAGGAGCGUCAGGAUAUCUACGAGAACCACACCACCGUGGCGGUGAAGAAGCUGCGGCAGUUGUUUGAGCGGAAUCAACCACGCAUGUGGCUGUGCGCCACCCGUGAGAUUCAACUCAUGAUGGCCUUUAAGCAUGACAAUGUCAUGUCCGCCCUAGACUUCUUCAUCCCACUUGGCGAGUGUGAACGGAUGACAUACGAGUCCGUUGAAUACCUGCGGUACAACUUUGAUAGCGUCUACAUUGUCAUGAAGAAAAUGGACUACACGCUGCGGGAGGUGCUGGAAUCUAGUGUCUUCCCCGCAGCGGAGGCCGCGGACGAGGGUGGUGAGGAAGCCAACGCGAAGCCGGCGACGACGAGCUCCACAGGAACGUCCCAGAAUUUUGAUAGUUUUGGGGACAGUACAAAUACAAAUGCGAAUGACAGAACGGAUAGAGUUGCGCGGUGCCCGCAGACACAUCUCGUGCUACACCCACUCUCCCGCGAUUAUCGCAUGUUCAUCCUUUACCAGCUUCUGCGCGGGGUGGGCUACAUGCAUUUAUGCCGUGUCAUUCACCGUGACAUCAAGCCUGAGAAUAUUAUGCUGGAUCGUAACUACAACGCACGGGUGUGUGAUUUUGGUCAAGGCCGUGACGCGGCGGCAAUGGAAUGGAAUGGAGUUCUCCAAACUUUCCUAGACAACUGUACGCAGUGGUACGCCGCGCCGGAGACGCUGACGCUGGCCCAAGUCUCGUCUCCUUCCGGGUUUGUUGACCAAAAGACGCUGCAUGCUGCGGACGUGUGGUCGAUUGGUUGCGUCGCGGCAGAGAUGCUCAUAGGGCGGCCUCUCUUCUAUUGUCGGCGUAGAAGUGGAGUCGGCCAGUUAAGCACCAUCAUGAGCGUCCUUGGGGAGCUCUCUGAGAAGGAUGCCGAACGCAUUUUGCAGCUCCGCGACAAUGAGACGAAAAAGAUGUUUGAGGAUAGCCUUCGACAGGAAAUGCAGCUGUAUGUCAACACUCCGUCUAGACUGAGAAGCCUGUUGCAGUCCCCAUACGAUGACGUGGAUGAGGAAGAGAUCAAGCUUAUCGAAAGCCUCCUCUGUUACGACCCGACUCGCCGCGUAACCAUUCAGGAGGCGCUGCAAAGUCCAUACUUUAUCAAGGAAGGCUAUGAACCUGUCAUUGACCCAGACGACACCGCGACGCGCGUGCGGGCGGUGGAGGCAAAUGAGAUCGUGGAUGCAGUGAAGGGGCGCAAGUUUCUUUGGUUACUUUUCAUGAAGCACCACCCUGAGGUAGAUGAACUCAUCCGGACGCUGGACAUUCGGAGGAACAGCAGUUCCACAGAGUACACGCAGGCUUCCUCCCCCCCGGGAUGCACACAAGACGUGGCGAUCCCGGGGGGGAUGAGCUGCGUCUGA